UGUCCCCUCCCUCCGCCCCGCCGCCGGGCGGGGGUUGGAGCCGGGUCCGGUGCCCGGGAAAGCAGAGGAGGUGCGGCGGAGGGAGGGAGCGGAGCCUGUUCUCCUGCAGGCAGCGUAGCGGGGAAUCCAGGCGGGAAGGGGAGAGCAGGACGAGGAAGCAGGCGGCGCAGGGAGGGAGUCCCGGAGCCGGCCCUCCCCGCCGCGGCGGAGGGCGGACCACGAUGCCCGGCCGGCGAGCGCUGCCCGCCCGCCCUCCCGGAGACCGCCGCCCGUAGCGGGGCCGCCGCGCCGCGGGGAUAUAAAGUUUUGAACAGUGCCUCCCCAAGAAGUGUGAUGAGAAAUGGCUUUAGGAAACAAUACCCAGAGAAGUUAUUCCAUCAUCCCCUGUUUCAUCUUUGUUGAGCUCGUCAUCAUGGCUGGGACUGUUCUGCUUGCCUACUACUUCGAGUACACUGACACUUUUCAGGUGCAUAUCCAAGGUUUCUUCUGUCAGGACGGCAAUUUGAUGAAACCGUACCCUGGGACGGAGGAUGAGAGCUUCAUUUCACCAUUUGUGCUGUACUGUGUGCUGGCUUCAACUCCGACAGCGAUUAUUUUUAUUGGUGAGAUAUCCAUGUAUUUCAUAAAGUCAACCCGAGAAACGCUCAUUGUUCAAGAGAAAACUAUUUUGACUGGAGAGUGCUGUUACCUGAACCCACUGCUUCGAAGAAUAAUACGUUUUAUAGGAGUGUUUGCAUUUGGACUUUUUGCCACUGACAUCUUUGUAAAUGCUGGCCAGGUUGUGACUGGGAACUUGGCUCCCUACUUCCUGACCGUGUGCAAACCCAACUACACUGGAAAUGACUGCCGGGCCCACCACCAGUUCAUAAACAAUGGCAACAUCUGCACAGGGGAUGUGGAGGUGAUUGAAAAGGCCAGGAGAUCCUUCCCAUCCAAACAUGCUGCUUUGAGCAUCUACUCAGCUUUAUAUGCCACGAUGUACAUCACAAGCACAAUUAAAACAAAGAGUAGCAGGCUAGCCAAGCCCGUGCUGUGUCUGGGAACCCUGUGUGCUGCCUUCAUCACUGGGCUAAAUCGAGUGUCUGAGUAUCGAAACCACUGUUCAGAUGUGAUCGCAGGCUUCAUCCUGGGGAGUGCUGUAGCCUUGUUUCUGGGGAUAUGUGUUGUCCAUAACUUUAAAGGCAGUCAUGCAGCCCCUUCUAAACCGAAGCCUGAAGACCCACGAGGAAUGCCACUAAUGGCUUUUCCCAGGGUGGAAAGUCCUCUGGAGACACUGAGUGCACAGAAUCACUCUGCCUCUAUGACUGAAGUAACCUGAGAUGGAAGAUCAGCAGCUGAAGCUAUUUUUUACUACCCUCCAGUAAAAUACUCCAAGACACACAGUUACUAAAUGUCUAACUGUGAUGACCAGUAUUAUGUUAUGUCUAGUUAGAGGCUAAUGUUUUGUACUUUUUUUGUAUGAGGAAGUGAUGUAGCUUGCCCUGAUUUUUUGUCAGCUUUAAUAUUAUUAUGCCAGACUUUAAAAGCAAAACAGAAAAAGAACAAAAAAAAAACCCUUUUCUUGUUUAAAGUGUGCACUGAGGAACUACAUCUAUGGAAUUGUUGAUGUUGUUAUGUGAUAUUUGUACACAAUUUUUUUUCUUCUCAGUUUUGAAUUUGUAUAUCUUGGGGGGAAAAAAAUUCACUUUUACCUUUUCUUACCAUAAGAAGUGUUGGGUCAGAUUCUCAUCUGAAUAAACCCAGCAUGGAUCUGAAGUAAUUGCAUAUAUUUAAUUCAUAUUAAAAUAACAGUGAUCAGGAAUCAAACCUGAAUGAUAGUAUCAACAAGAAACAAAAAUCCAUCCUUGAUUCAGUGAGCUACUUAAGUGUUCCCUGGGAGUUAAUGGACUUCAGUGUCCACCCAGUUACUAGAGUAGAAGUAUGUCCUUAAGCACCUCACUGAAUCAAAGCCUGAUUGUUCUGGUGUGGGUGAUUGUGCCAGUUAUUGAAGAAUGACUAAAACAACAUCCUUUGUCUGCAGUAUAGACAGAGUGGACGUCAAAAUUUAUAGUAGUAGCUGAUAGCAUGUGAGCUGACUAUAUCAUCUCCCUAGAUCCUCAUUCCUCCCCGAGGCCCAGCUAAAGCUCCCAGUGAAACCUGGCUUCAGGAAUUGACUAUGGGGAUAUACAGCCACCACUGGGGGGCUGAGGCUGCGCUUUAAGUGUUUCAUCAUUUCACCAUAGAUUUGUGGGGUAACUGGUGACACUGGUGCAAAGGAAAAGUGGCACCACUCUUUCACCAGGGUAGCAUUCCUUGGCAUUCAAAUUGGCAUAGCCAAGAAGCCAGUUUUGCUGCCCAAAAAAUGUUUCUUUUCCUGAGGGUUUUGAAAAGCCAAGAAAAAAAAAGACAGAAAGGAAAGACAAGAAAAGAGAGAAAGACAGACAGAAAGACAGAAAGAGAAAGAAAGAAAGAAAGAAAGAAAGAAAGAAAGAAAGAAAGAAAGAAAGAAAGAAAGAAAGAAAGAAAGAAAGAAAGAAAGAAAGAAAGAAAGAAAGAAAGAAAGAAAGAAAGAAAGAAAGAAAGAAAGAAAGAGAAAGAAAGAAAGAAAGAGAAAGAAAGAAAGAAAGAAAGAAAGAAAGAAAGAAAGAAAGAAAGAAAAAAGAAAGAAAGAAAGAGAAGCUGAGUCUGUAGUAGCAGUCUGCAUUUUUUGUAAAUUCUGCCACACAGAAUUUAUAACAAAACUGCUGUAUUACAAUUUUAACAACUUUGUCUAAGCAUUAUAAAGACAACUAAGUGUGGGUUGGGGAUGGGAAAAACAAAAAAAAGCCCAUUUACAAUGGUUCGAACUAGGGCAAAGGCUUCAUUAAAUGAUUUUUCACUGUUUCUACGAUUUUCCUGUAUCUCAUUCUUCUAGCAUGGUGAUAACUGCCGUGUGUCUCCUUUAAAGAAUGGAGCCUCUGUACUUUUACUGGAAUGUUUACCUCACAUUUCCAUGUUGGUUCUUCUUGGCUUUUUUUUUUUUUUUGUAUAUUUUUUCCAAAACAGAAGCAAAAAAAAAAAUUAUUAAA